CUUUGUUGCUUAGUGAUGGACUAUUUUUCUACUACAAACCCUAGCUCUUCUGGGUCUUCUUCAGUUCCAAAUAAGGGCAAAGAGAAGAAGAAAUGUGGCAAGAGAGGUAACAGUAAUGGAGUGAAACUGUCGACUGAUCCUCAAAGUGUUGCUGCCAGAGAAAGGAGGCAUCGUAUCAGCGAUCGGUUCAAGAUCUUGCAGAGUCUGGUUCCAGGUGGGAGUAAGAUGGACACUGUAUCCAUGUUAGAGGAAGCCAUUAACUAUGUUAAGUUCUUGAAGACUCAGAUACUUCUUCAUCAAACUAUAAUGAAUUUUAUGGAUGAUGACCCUUAUCUUUAUCUUCCUGCUGGUUCCUUACCUCCUCAGCAACCUUCAUACUUCGACGCCAACUUUGCUGAUGGAGUACUCCAACCGCCAACUUCACUGUCGUUCCCUGACGGUUUCUUCCAGGGAGACGACGAGGUCCAGCAUCGUGAUCCUUUCGAUAAAAACUAGACUUUUUCUUACUGUGUCUGUGGAUGGAUAGUGUUACAAGAACUAUGUAUUGGUAAGACAAGGUUGGCUGCACUUUUGUAAUAGGGGGUUAAAUGUAUGAAUAUAUAAUUACAAAAUUAUAAUUAAUUAAAAAAAAAAAAAACUCUACUACUAGGCUUCCUUCUUCAA